AUGGCCGACACCAACACCAUCCUCGCCACCUGGCCCUACGCUUGGGCCUACUUCUACCCCACAAUCCUCCUUGUCAACGCCAUCCUCACCUUCACACCGGCCGCCCACGCAAUAUGUGAGCAAGGCGGCUUCCCGCAGCCCCGUAAUGAACCACUCAACACAUACGUCUACCUGUUCGCAGGCUGUCAAUUGAUGCUCGGUUUGGCCGUCGCCAUACUGGAGUACGCAGGGGAGUGGAGGGCAGUCAGUGUGAUCCUGGCGUCUGCGACACCGAUGGGUGUGAUCGGGACGAGUCUGUCGGGAAUGAACGGGUUCGACCAAGCGUUUUGGACGCAUGUGGUUAUGUUCACUAUUGGGACGAGUGCUAGUGUGAGCUUGGUGCGGGAGUACUGGUGA